UGGUAGCGGACGUCGUCGACUAACACCACAGCAACCAUGCCCAAGGAAGUCAAGCAGAAGAGCGGCCUCAGCCGCGGCUUGAACGCCGGCCACAAGGUCACCCCCCGCCAGCCCGCCCCCCGUGUCUCGCGCACCAAGGGUCACCUCAGCAAGCGCACCGCUUUCGUCCGUGACGUUGUCAAGGAGGUUGCCGGUCUCGCCCCCUACGAGCGCCGCGUUGUUGAACUUCUCCGCAACUCCAAGGACAAGCGUGCCCGCAAGCUCGCAAAGAGAAGACUUGGUACCUUCGGCCGCGCAAAGAGAAAGGUCGACGAGAUGACCAACUACAUCGCCGAGUCCCGUCGCGCUGGUCACUAAACUUGUCAACCUGGGUGAUCGCUGGUUGUAAAGUUCAAAAUGAAAGAGGAGUUUAGUUCUUACUUUUGACGGGCACGCAAUGCUAUGUGCAAUGGGCAAACCAUGUUCCUUACUUUCCGAAUACCCCAACUGCGAAUGGAGUCACUUGCACAAAGAAAUCCUGACGGCAGUGGCCCCGCACGUUGCUCGUUGGCUGGGGUGGAUGAAGGAAAAAACGAAAGAAAGACUAUCUUCUCGAAAUGAAAAUGAGAAAAUUGGUCCCGCUCCGUUCAUGAUUUACAUUCCCUUUCUGGCCACUUGUGUUCUCGGUGAUCACUUCUUUCGCUGCCACUGAUCAUUUGUUGAUUUAGCUAAGUUUUGAUCUGACUACUCUUCACCGCCUCGGAUCAAUGCUUCCAUCAGAUACCCGCUACCCUGCACACCUGCAUCCUCAGCCUUGGGCC